AUGGAGCGGCAGCUUCAAGUGCUCAACCAAGACUUCAGCCGAGCCAACAUCUCUUUUACCCUUCGUAACACAACUUGGACGGAGAACGAGGAUUGGGCGUCCGGUGCUAAUGGAGUUUAUUCCGCCAUGGUCGCGACUCUUCAUCAAGGCGGUAACGAUGCUCUCAACCUCUAUUUUGUGGAAGUGGUCUCCCCUUACGGCUUCCCACCACCCUACGACGAUGAAAACAACGAGCUUCUCGGCAUCGCAUCAUACCCUUGGGACGCAUCCACCACCGACCAUACAAGUAGUGUUUGCGUCGUGGCUGCAGGAACGGUUCCCGGCGGUGAUAGAGCACCGACAAACCUAGGAAAAACUGCGACUCAUGAGGUGGGCCAUUGGUUUGGCCUUUAUCACCCGUUUGAAGGAGGUUGUGUCGCCGACCCUAAUGGCGGAGACCGGGUUUCCGAUACUCCCGCCGCCGCUAAUGCGACGUUUGGAUGUGAAAGUAGUCGUGAUAGUUGCCCAGACCUGCCUGGUCUUGAUCCACUCCAAAACUUUAUGGGGGCUGCAGAUGAGUGA